CGGUGAUCUUGUAUUCAGUUGAACUAGUUAUUUUUUGAAAUAUGAGUGUUAACCUAUUAUAAUGUACAGACCAAAUAAUGAUGAAGAUAUAUAAACAUUCAAAAAUACUUAUUUUAAGCAAUAUAUUUUGUUUUGUAUACUCCAACAUUUAGGAUAAUACAUUUAUUAUUUUUCGACAUUCCGACAUUCAUGUGAGGGACUUACCACAAUGAUUUUUUACAAAGGAUUAAUGCUUCUUUUAUUGGCUGCUGCCCCUGGAAAUGUCGCUUCCCUGUUUUGUUAUUCGUGUAGCAACGUUGAAAGUAUGGACCAUUGUAUAACUGUUAAAACAUGCGAAAGUGGCGAGACGUGUUUCACGCGCUUAGAGAAGAAAGGAGAUUCUGUUUCAUUCACAAUGGGAUGUACACGAAAUGAGAAUUGCGGUAACAUACCCGUGUACAAUAACGUAUCAAAGUUGAGCAACGGUCAACUAAUACAGGAAUGUUACGAAUGUUGCGGUGUUGGUCGGUGUAACAAUGACUUGUGCAAAUACAAAACACCGCCCCCUUGCAGUGACAUUCAAGAUAACUGUCCAUUCUGGAACGAGGCAUUCAACAUAUGUGAAGAGAUUCAUAAAGCUAAGCUAAUUUGUCGUAAAUUCUGCAAACUGUGUGAUCUAGUUGAUGGAAACUGGGCAGAUUGGUCGUCGUGGUCAUCAUGUGACGUUACAUGCGGUGAUGGAAAACACACACGCAUUCGAACAUGCACAAACCCUGCACCCGUAUAUCAAGGGCUAGAUUGUAAAGGAAGCAGCUCGGACACUAAACCUUGUACUCGACCGCUUUGUCCAGUUCAUGGGGGCUGGGAGGUAUGGUCAAGUUGGGAGUCAUGCCCUGUAACAUGCGAUAUAGGUAUACAGAAGAGACAUCGUUCAUGUACGAAUCCAUCUCCUUUACGGCAUGGCGACCAUUGUUUUGGAGACACUAUUGACGUGAAACUGUGCAAACAAAAACCCUGUGAUGCAUCGAAUGGAGGUUGGUCAAAUUGGGUCACAUGGAGUACAUGUAGCGAAUCUUGUGGUGUUGGAUUAAAAACCAGGUCAAGGUCAUGUACAAAUCCAGUACCUGGAACUCAUGGAGAUCAAUGUGUUGGAGAUCCAAUACAAGUAGGAGCUUGCAACGAAGAGGAGUGUCAAUCAGACUCAAGUGUGGCUUUCAACGCUUACUAUGUAACUGACUGCAGUCCAGCUAUAGGCCAGACAAUGAUUUUUUCUAAGACGCUUUUGAAUGAGGGAAAUGCUUAUAACACUUCGACUGGUAUUUUGUUGCCCCAAGAAAUGGAACGUAUACAUUUGAAGCACAAAUGUGCAUUAUUAGUCAAAGACACAUGCAGUUUGAUAUAAUGGUAGGAUCCGUUGUACAUGCGACUGCAUAUGGGUGUAAUUAUCACUACUACGAAUGUCAGUCGGCACAUGCAAUAGUAAAAUUAAAUUCGGGUGAUAAUGUUACUGUUCAGUGGAAAUAUUGGUCAUAUUCUACCAGAAACAUUAUUCCGCAAAGCAGUAAUUAUAGGAAUUCGUUUUCUGGAAAAUUGUCAAACCCAUAAUGUAUAGUUGAAAAAAAAAAAAACUUAAUUACUGAUAUAACCGGUCUGAUAAUAGUAAAAAGGCAAGAGGAAAUAACAUAAUCAUAAAAUCUUCUUGACAUUCCGUUGACGGAAAAUUUUCAACAUAUUCAACAUAUUCAAUGCCUUAAAAACGAGAAUUUAUCUUUUUUAUUGAUAAACCUUAAUUUUUUUCUUUAUUUAGGGAAAACAUUGAAACUGACAAUAAAAAUAUUAAUUUGAGAAAUUAGGUAUGACAAAAGCCACGACCGAACACUCUUUAUUUUAAUUUUAAUAUUAUUUACAAACACCCGUUUAUAUCAAAUAUUGCUUUCAAUAUGGUAUUUUAUUAAACAUUUUAUUGAUAAUUUUAUGACCUUAAAUGAAGAAUUCAUAUAUAUUAAUUUAUGCAUUUUUAUUGUAUAUUUUUAUUAUAUUGGUUAUGAUCUAACUUACAAUUUUAAAUUAUAUGCGUAAACUGCCAAUAAAGAAGGUCAAAGUCAUUCAUUAAAGCAGCACACAAAAUAUGUUAAUUAUACUAUUAUCUUCAAAACUGUUAAUAUCAGUUUAUUUUAGUUUUUAGGAGAUCCAUUUAACACAUUUGCUUAAAGUACGAUAUUAUUCUUUUACAUAUCUAUUAUAUUUGUUAAGUUAAAAAAUAUCAGAUAUCGUAAAAGCGUGUUUAUGUGAGUAUUUUAAACUGUAUAGCAUUUUUAAAAGGCCAUUUUUGAUGUAUCACUGUAUAAUUAGAGACACUACAUUACUCCAUAUAGCUUUAAUAUCUAAAAGAAUUAACUGUUUUUGUGAAAAUUGAAUUUAUUGUCUUUAUGAAAUAUGUAUAUCAGAUUUAAAAAUAUUUUCAUGUAAUUAUAAUUUCUAACAAUGUAUCAAUGACUAUUUUACGUAUUAUUAUCCCUUAUAUUGUAUAAUAAUACCUUUUAAAUAACUGUCUUUGCAUUUUUGUCUUUAUAUAAUAGGUAAAUGUCACAUAUUCGUUUCGUGGCUUAAAGAGUAUCACUAUGUAUAUCAGAUGUAAAAAUGUUUCCAUGUAAUAAAAAAUUCUAACAAUGCAUCAUGAUCAAUGACCUUUUUACAUAUCAUUUUACCGUGUAUUAUCUUAUUGUAUGUAAUAUUUACUUGCACAUGAUACAUAGAAGAUACAGUAACCAAAACUAAUUUCUCCAAAAAGUGUGCACAUCCUAACAUAAUAGUUUCCAUCUCAUCAAAACCUAUUACUUACUUUUGACAAGAAGAAUUGCCAAUCGGAAGAAGAGAAAAAAUGUUAUUUUACGAUAAAAGUAUUAUUAUUAUUUCAUUAUUAUUUUUUCUUGAUCCUUUGAUAUUUUUUUAAUUAUUAUUUAACAAUGUUACCUCAGUACUUAAUAUUUGUUAUUGAGUCAAACAUUAUGAUAUUUUUGGGAAAUAAAGGUAGUAACAGAC